AACUACUACAAGUACCACCUCUGCAACCCACCCUUCAUCAUCCAUGGUGUCAAAGACAAUUGUGGGAUCAGUAAAAAUCAACAUCCAGCUUAUUUUCAUAACAAUACACAACAUUAAUGUUAAUCAAAGAGAGGUACUUCGUGUGGUCAACCAUUUCCUACAUUCACAAAACAGACAAUGGAGUCAACUGAAGUGGUUUCAGAAUGUAAAUUGUCAAAAAUUAUCUAGCAGAGCCUAUUCCAUUCGGUUGGCUUUUCUGAUCAGGAACGUGAAUAUGGCACAAAAUGUUUGGGACAGAACAGUCAUUUAUAAAUGGAUCCAAGGCAACAUCAACGCAUUGAUGAGCUCAUUACUGCAGAAACCAGGUGCUAAACCUAUGGUACAUCCAACAGCUACAUUCACGGAUCAGGAUAACCAAAUAACAGUUGACAUAGACUAUGUCUAUGAAGAAGGACAUGUCAGUCGUCCAAGUGACUUCUAUAAUGCAAUCACAGGUCUGUUCAGUACCACCAGCACCUCAACCAGAUCUUCAGCAGCAUCAACAAAACAUUCUGCAAUUACUGCUCCUUCACCUGCAAUAACCUCAAAAGUUUUGAAAUCAUCAACAAACGCUUCCACAAUGACAAGCAGUAGCCCAAGCAGUUCAACCUCAGCAGUCCCAAUAACAGAAACCUCUGCAAGAACGAAUUCAUCUCCAAAAACAACAAUUGUUCUGACAUCUUCCACAUCAGCUUCCACAGUUACACAGAGUAGCCCAACCAGCACAGCUGCAGCAGCGAUAACAGAAACUUCUGCACCUUCCACAAUGAUGAGCAGUAGCCCAACCAGCUUCAACAACCUCAACAACAAAAAUAUCUGCAGGUACUCUGCCUCGUAA